GGUUUCCCAGCCGUGGGUAUAUAGCGCGCGGAGCGUGGAGAUGCUCCCUUCCAACCAGUGGCGGGGUGCAGAGCGCCGGAGGAGGGAGCUAGGCAGGGGCGAAGGAAAGGGAAACCCGGCGCCUAGUUCCCCGGCUGAGCGGUGGAGGUGGCCCCUCACCCUGCGCUAGUGAUCGCUUCUCCUCAGCCAGUGCCAGCGGCGGCGAGGGGGGAGCUAGCCCCGGCUGUCGGCAAACUUAGGGCGGCUCGAUUGGGUGGCUGAACUUGCUGGCUGGCGUUCGGCGAGGAGCUGCCGCCCUGGGGGAAGGAGAUCUGGUAGCGCAGAGGGAGCUUGUUCCUCUUCAAAGUCUCCCUGUCCUCAGCCCUGUAGCCAGCGCUGCAGGCACAGCGGCUCCCGAGCAGCCAGAGGAGGCAGCAAGCGCCGCGGUUCCCAGGCAGUAGCAGCCCCAGGUGCCUGCAGGCAGUGCGGAGCCUGGACAGUGCUUAGUGUAGGGGAUAGUGGGUCCCUAGGCUGCUUCUCGCCUCCUUUCCUCCUCUGGCUGCCGCUUUGCGCGGCCCCUUGCUCUGUAGGCUGAGCGGACUGUGCCACGGUUGCGGGUGUCCCUUAAGUUCAUUGGGCUCCGCGCGGCUUUUCUCGGGGGGCUGAUCUUUGCUCUUUGGAGAGGGGCUGCGGGACCCGUUGGAGCACAGCAGGCAGGCGCCCCUGUACUAGGGCACCGGAGACGCCCCUUCCCGCGGUAGGCAGCAGGGACUGUAGCUGAGCCCUUGGGGGACAGCGCUGCAAGCAUGAACAUCCUGCUGGAGUUCUUCGUAGUCACUUUCAAAGUGAUCUGGGCGUUCGUGCUGGCUGCGGCCAAGUGGCUGGUGAGGCCCAAGGAGAAGAGUGUGGCGGGGCAGGUAUGCCUCAUCACCGGGGCAGGCAGCGGCCUGGGCCGCCUCUUCGCCCUGGAGUUUGCCCGGCGCCGAGCGCCGCUGGUGCUGUGGGACAUCAACACCCAGAGCAAUGAGGAGACGGCAGGCAUGGUGCGCCACAUCUACCGGGAGAUCUCCGAGGAGGCGGCUGCCGCUGCCCGCCAAGCAACUGGAGAUGGUGAAGAAGAGGUGCUGCCCCACUGCAACUUACAGGUUUAUACAUAUACCUGUGAUGUGAGCAAGAGAGAGAAUGUCUACUUGACAGCUGAGCGGGUCCGCCAAGAGGUUGGAGAGGUCUCAGUCCUGGUUAACAAUGCUGGUGUGGUCUCUGGGCACCAUCUCCUAGAGUGUCCUGAUGAGCUUAUUGAAAGGACCAUGAUGGUUAACUGCCAUGCACACUUCUGGACCACUAAAGCAUUCCUUCCCAAGAUGCUGGAGAUGAAUCAUGGACACAUUGUGACAGUUGCAAGUUCCCUGGGACUGUUCAGUACUGCAGGAGUGGAGGAUUAUUGUGCCAGCAAAUUUGGAGCUGUGGGUUUCCAUGAAUCUUUGAGUCAUGAAUUGAAAGCUGCUGACAAAGAUGGCAUUAAAACAACCCUGGUCUGCCCUUAUCUUGUAGACACAGGAAUGUUCAGAGGAUGUAGAAUCAGAAAAGAAAUUGAGCCUUUCCUUCCACCUCUGAAACCAGACUACUGUGUAAAGCAGGCUAUGAGAGCUAUCCUUACAGAUCAGCCUAUGAUUUGCACCCCUCGCUUGAUGUACAUGGUAACCUUCAUGAAAAGCAUCCUGCCCUUUGAAGCAGUUGUGUGCAUGUACCGGUUCUUGGGAGCAGACAAGUGUAUGUACCCUUUCAUUGCUCAAAGAAAACAGGCUACAAACAACAAUGAAGCAAAAAAUGGAAUUUAACACUGUUUUGUACAGACUGGCAUUUGUAGCUGAAUAUGAUCAAAAAUGUUACAUGACUGAGUUCUGAAGUGCACUUGCAUCUAGCUGAUGCAAAUGUCAACAUUUUACUGUGGCAUUCUCUUUGAUCUUAAACCUGUGUAUUGAACUUAAAAAUCAAUGGGGUUUUUUUUUUACAUGCUGUAAAUAAACUGACUAUAGAGUACUUGGAAAAUGUGAUAGGUAAAGUGAAUUAAAAAUGUAGCUACCACCAUUGUCCUUUAGACUGUUACUGUAUGUACAGUAAAGCUAGUUAUACUACUUUUUGUAGAGAUGCACUGUGUGAGAUCUUUUCCUCAAACUGCCAAUGUUUAAACGCUGUCUACAACUAGAAUAUGCAGUGUUUCAGAAAUUGCUUUUCCUUUCUCUCUGUAUUAAAACAAAAUCAUGCAAUUUAAACUACUCCUACGCAUGGCCUUUUUAGCAAAUUCAAGCACUGAUUAUGAAUGCAUCUUUCUACAUGUUAACCCAAGCUGUAAAGGACCCAUGGCUGACCUGUGGUGUAAUUUUUAUGUAGUGACUGCAUGCCUUCUGUGUUUAAAAAGGAAUUUGUAAAUCUCCAAUUCAAAGGCAAAUAGAUGUCUUUGGAAUAUUUUCAGAGCAAAGCUGUAUUGGGCAUCUUAUUUUCUUUUUCCUGAGAAAUGCGGUCUGUGGUUUAAACCAUCCAACUCUUUUUCAAGUCACUUGACCUGAAAUGUGCUCUGUGUUCUGUCCAUCACUCUGGAUGGCAGGCUCCUGCCCUUAUAAACUACAUUUUUUUCUUCCUUCUUAAUCUUCCUUCCAUCAGCCCCACUGCACCCGCAUCACCACACCCUCUGAGGAAGUUGUAUUAAAUUUCUGUAGCUGGGCUCUUGCCUAAAAUACAAAGCAACUCCAGAGAUACACAUUGUUUAUGUAAGUCCUGGUUUUGUGCCAACUAUUAGCAAAAGAAAAAGAAAAUAAUGCUUGAUGCAACUUUACAUGUGGAAUAUGGAAGGGUGUAAAGACUUUUUUUGAAAGUUGUAUUUGCAUUGUAAAACAGCAAAUGACAUUUUUACAGUAUUUUUUGUAAAGCAAACAAUUUUGUGCCUUGAAUUUGGUAAUUUGUGUAUUAGUGAAACAUUGUAAAAGUGAACUUCUACCUCUGUAUCUUAAUGUAUACCAUCCACUUGUAAAUUACUAUCAAACAAAUUAUGUGAUUACUUUUUUAGAAUGUCUUGUUAAAUAGUGACCAAUGUUUGUUUAUUAAAGUGAGCCACCUUUUACUUAAACUGUGA